AUGUCAACAAUCGAGCUGGAACAGCAAAUCUCCGCCAGCAGCCCGGUUCACGAUGGCCACCGGCAGAAAGCUUCCUCAUUGUCCGGCAAAAUUCUUAUAGGAGUAACCGGUGGCAUUGCAGUAGGCCUUUCUAUCGUCUGCUAUCCAUUCGUAGCUCCGGCACUUCGUCGACACUGUCUACCGUUUGUUCCGGCCACACCGAAACAGAUUCGAAAUGUGCUAUCGUUUGUAAAACCAUCGACCACUGGUAGUCGACUGUUGGACAUCGGUUCCGGAGAUGGAAGAAUCGUAAUAGCGGCGGCACGCACCCAACCAACGAUUAAGGCGGACGGUGUGGAGCUUAACCCAUGGCUCGUUUACUAUUCUCGAUUGGCCGCGUUACGCAAUGGGGUUUUCAGUCGUACCAGCUUUUUCCGAAAAGAUCUAUGGAAGUUUAGUCUCGCACCGUACGAUCAUAUUGUGAUUUUUGGCGUGGAGCAAAUGAUGGAGGAUUUGGAGAAGAAAAUUCUUUCGGAAGCAGCACCAGGAACUACUGUAAUUGCUUGCCGUUUUCCGUUUCCUUCCAUGAAGACGGUGGAUCGAAUAGAGGAAGGCGUUGAUUCGGUAUGGUUAUACCGACCGGUUGUCAAAACCAUCUGCAAAGGCGCUCCAAACGGUGUCUAA